UAUAGAGGAACUCAUUUCUUAUUUCCAUUCAAUUUUCUCUUUCCUUUCUUUAUCAAACCAAUAUUAUAAUAUAACCAACAUGGCUCAACCAUUUGACGCUGACAACGCUGACAACUUAGAAGACAUCGAAAAGCAAUUUGCCGUUAAGGCAGUUGCUCAAGCUGAAACCUACUGGGGAUUGCUUGAAAAGAUCCCAGGUUCCAAGCUUAAAUUGACCAAGCAUGAUGAUGAUAUUGUUGAACAAGUUUUAGAAGCUUUCCCAGAAUUCAAGGAACCAAAGAAUGUUGCCUUGAUUAACGAAGGUGAGAUGAAGAGUGUUUCUGGUAAGGCCAAGUGGAGAGCUUUCUGUGAGAAAUUUAAUGAAAUUGAAGACUACAACUUUGGUACCUUGUUAAGAUCCAGUGUUUCUGACUACUACACCCAAGAAGGUACCAUUUUCGUAGUCAGAAUCCAAUUUUACGCUAUCGAACUUCUUAGAAACAAAUAUGGUUUGAACGAUUGGAUUGUUCAAAAAUAAAUGGAGAUAAAUGAAGUGAUAGAUUAGAGAGGGACUGUAUAGUAAAGGGAUAUCAAUAUUUAAAUAUAAUAAAUUGAAUCGAAAAUCAAAA